AGAAAAUAGCCCUAUGCGCAUGUCGCAAUAAAAUGCGCUUUCACAUCCGGUUUCAGAUUUGUCUAUUUAAGCCUGGUCUGUGCCAAUUUGCUUCAGAAAUUUUGUUUGUGCAGUGCGAUCAUAUUUGGAUUGUGAUAAUUUCCAAGCUUCUUCUUAAAGAUGGCUGAAAGAGAACCUACUCCUUCAAAAAGUGAGAAAUCAACGUCACCAGCAGAGGAAGAACGUACUGAAGUACCAGAUUUGGAGUCUGGUAGUGGUUCAAUUCAGCAUCCUUCAUCAGAGACUGGAGAGUCUUCAGCAGUACCAGAAGCUGAGGCAGUUCCGGGCUCUUCUACGUCCUUCUUUGCCACACUUACUUCAAACAUACAAGUUAGAUUUAGAAGAUUUACUAAAAAGAAAAGCAAAGGCGAGAAAUGGUGGAGCAGAGGAAAGAAACAGAAAAUAUCCAAGGCUGAAUAUGCAAGACAACAUGGAGGUUUCCUUCAUUCUGACAUGGAAGGUUAUUUUGAAGAAGAGUCUAGUGGGAUAGCCACUGAAAGUUCUGUGGUUGAAGAGUCCUCUGUGGCUCAAUCUCCCCUAGAAAAGGAAUUUCCUGAUAAACCCGAUUUAAAGGAUGAUCCCUCUGAUGAAGACGCACCUCCAAUGGAACAGUAGAUCUGGAACACUUUCAAACAAUGUUUAAUUUGUGGGAGACUACGUUGCUAUUUUUAAGCCCUUAUCUUGCCGUUCCACUUUUAUGACCUUGUUUAAAUAAAGUUUUAAUUCUUAUGCUGC